GGUGGUAAGGAGCUAGUAUACAGCUAGCACUUAACAUGGAUCCUCACCUACCAUAAUCUCCUUAUUUCACUCACUCUUUACUUCUUCUCCAUCUUCUUCUUCUACUUCUAUCUCUCUCUCUCUCUUUUUUCAUAUUCUUCACUUCUACUCUUCCCAUUAUUCUCACUUCCACCAAUACAAUUCCAAGGUUUUUGAAAGUACAAAUUAUCUAAAUUGAGUUGCAGCUAAGGAAUUUAUUACAUAUUUACAUAUAUACCCUCAACAUUUUCUUGGGAAACUAACAAAAGGAAAAUUUUAAAAUCAUGAUUGGAACAACAACUGAUAAUUUCAUGGACGAAAUUGACUGCGGUGGUUUCUUUGAUCACAUUGACGACCUUCUUGAUUUUCCGACCGACGAUAUUGAUUUACCGGACUGUACUGUUAAUAAUAUCAAUGCAAACGACAAUUCGUUUCCGAGUUUCUGGUCGACUCAGUCUGACUCGCUCCCCGGUUCUGACUCGGUUUUUUCUAAUAGUAACCAUAGCGCCUCCGAUCUCUCCGCCGAGUUGUCCGUUCCGUAUGAAGAUAUUGUUCAGCUCGAAUGGUUAUCGAACUUCGUCGAGGAUUCAUUCUCCGGUGGAAGCCUUACGAUGAAUAAUAAUAAUAAUAAUAAUAAAAAUAAAGAAGAGUCGGGUUCCAGUAACAAGAAUGACUCGUGCAGUCGCCAAUUCCAGACUUCGAGUCCAGUUUCGGUGCUCGAAAGUAGUAGCUCCUGCUCGGGAGAAAAAACUGCCCCUCGCAGCCCGGAAAUGGUUGUAUCUGGCAGUGGCAGGUGUGGACGUGCUCGUAGCAAACGCCCUCGCCCUGCUACCUUCACUCCCCGCACGGUGAUGCAGCUUAUUUCCCCUAGUUCCUCAGUCACGGAGACAACCCACCAGCUUUUUGUUAUGCCUAAGGCGCCUUCGGAUUCUGAAAACUAUGCCGAGUCACGCCUAUUGAUCAAAUUACAUAAGCACAUUUCUCCGGAACAGAAGAAAAGGAAGAAAAUCAAGUUUACUGUUCCGUUAGCUUCUACAGAGACCAAUGAAAAUUCUCCGCCCCUGCCGCCACAACAACAACAAGCAGUUCGGAAAUGUUUGCAUUGCGAGAUAACCAAGACUCCGCAGUGGAGAGCAGGACCAAUGGGGCCUAAAACCCUAUGCAACGCUUGCGGAGUUCGCUAUAAGUCAGGCAGGCUUUUUCCCGAAUACCGACCAGCAGCAAGUCCAACCUUUGUUCCAGCAUUACACUCCAAUUCCCAUAAGAAAGUUGUCGAGAUGCGAACCAAAAUAGUCGAGAAACCUGUUGUACCCGGAUCAGAAAUAAUGAUGAGGAAUAACUCGCCCGAGCUGAUACCAAAUAAUAGUCACCUCGCAAUCGAAUUCAUCUAAGGAAACAACCGAGAACUGCGUUCCGAAUUGCAAAGUUCGCUCAUAAUAUUAUUUAGUUACGGUUAAAUUUCAUUUCUUUGUUAAACUGUUAUUUUAUUGUACAGGGAUGAAAUGGUGGGGCAUUAGAGAGCAUUAGGGUAUUUUAGAGAGCUGAAAAAGAAGAGAAUUAGGGCAAAAAAAUUAAAGAUUUUAAGGAUAGUAAAAGACUUUUUAGGUUAGGUUUCUAGUGAUGAAUAGGUUAUUUUUAAGGUUAUUUAGGUAUUGAGAGUCUGAGUCUUGUUGAAUUCUUUUUAUUUUGUUUUUUUCUCUUUGAUGGGUACUAUUCUUUUUGCAGUUUAAUUUGUUAUUAGAAAAUUCUGAAAUGAGUAAUGGAUUUUGCAAAGUUGUUCAA